AUCAGUUAAUCUUGCACUUGCAUUAGGAAAACAUUAAAAGAAAAAAUAAUUUAAAAAUGUUCAAACAACUCGUAUUCUUUGCUAUCAUUGGUGCGUCACUUGCACAUCUCAUUCCAAUUGAUUACAACUUCAAAGUUUAUCAUCCAAUUGAAUAUAAAAAAUAUGACGAACCAAAAUCUGAAUCAUGGGCACCGAAAGAAUCCACCGGAUGGGAAUAUAAAGAAGCACCAGCAAAUUAUGACUUCAAAUAUGAAGUUCAUGAUGAAAAGACUGGCGACCUUAAGAGACAAUCAGAAACUGCCAAGAAUGGAGCCGUCAAAGGUCAAUACUCUUUGAUCGAUUCUGAUGGAUUCAAACGCAUUGUUGACUACACUGCUGAUGACAUUCAUGGAUUCCAAGCCACAGUCAAACGUGAACCAACCCACUACAAAAUCCCAAUCCCAGCUCCAAAACCAGAAUGGUCGAAACCUGAAGCUGAAAAAUGGUGGUGAAACAUUGACAUAAAGAGAAUUGAUGAACGUGAACUCAAGGAAUUAAAAUACUCAAUUAUUAAUGUUUAUUUUUUUAUAGACUUUAUUAAUCUUGCCAUAUUAUAAUAAAACAAAAAUAGAAAAUUAAAC